AAAAUAAUAAUAAUUCUGAGUACAGAAAGGACCAAUCAGCACAUUCUCUUUUAGUAGCGGCGAUAAGCAUUGAGAGACGUCGUAUUAUAGAAAUUGGAAGGUGAGAGAGGCUGAGAAAAAUUACUACAGUAACAACAAUGGCGAGAGCAGCUUGUAGCAGUGCCGUCGUCACGGCUAUGGCUUUGUUGCCUUCUUCUUCUUCUUCUUCUUCUUCUUCUUCUUCUUCUUGUAAGUCUCUUCUUCUCUCAAGUAGAAGAAACCAGCUCCUCUUCUCAGGGGGUAAAUCCAAGUUCGUCGGAGUUCUGACCUUCCAGAACCAGAAGCGAUGCUUUGCCUCCACCACCAAAGUAAGCAUGAGCCUGAAAGCUGGAAUCGUCGGUCUUCCUAACGUUGGCAAGUCUACUCUCUUUAACGCCGUCGUUGCAUAUGAAGAUUUUGUGUCUGCUGGGUCUCUUGCAGCAGCAAGGGAGAAAGGACUUUUGAGAGCAGAGGGUAAAGAGUAUAUUGUCAAAGAAGGAGAUGUGAUGCUUUUCCGCUUCAACGUAUAGCAUAACCCUAAGAUCUCAAUCACAUUCUUCACAGAACACCACAGGUUGUGUUUCAUUGCUCUUGGUUUUGCAAAAUAUAGCGAUAUCUUUUCUUUUAUUUUACUUUUACACUCCCAAGGAAGUAAUUUUUAUAUGAAACAAAGAUGAGCUGUAUAAGUUUGGUAGAACAAGGUACCAGAUUUCAUGGGAUUUGGCAAUUUAAUGCAAUAAUCAUGUGUAUCAACGCCAAUUGUACAUGAAUCUUAUAGUAUUUUUUUUUU